AUGUCUAGUGCAAAGCUUGAUGAGUUAUUGAGUGCUCAAAAGCCUAGUUCUGACCAAAUUGGCUUAGGAUAUGUUGUUUCCUCCGGCCCCUCCUCUUCCACGGUUUCUGGAUCAAGGACUGUUUUUGGGCCACAAUUUGAGAAAGAUAUGCAGCAAGUGGGAAAUGUGGAUCCUGGACCGACGGUUGGUACACAGUUGACGCGGCAGCCGGUUCAUCGAUCCACGCUGCUUUGGGAGACGCCAGCCGGUCAGGUAGUGCCAGGCGUGCUAAACUGCAGACGCCGAAGUUGCAAGUUACCCGAGCAUGGGCUUGACCCACGGAUUGCUCGGUACAUAACUGAGGCGGGUUUUGAAGGGUUAUUCAAGGUCCCAAACUUGGAAGUGGAUCAUGCGUUGAUCACAGCACUAGUUGAGCGUUGGCGUCCGGAGACGCACACAUUCCACCUACCGCAUGGAGAGAUGAGCAUCACCUUACAAGAUAUUGAGGUGAUGCUAGGGGUUCCUGUUGAUGGGUUGCCAAUUACUGGGGCUGUGAAGAUGGAUUGGCCUACGUUGUGUCUUGAGUUAUUGGGUCAUCGUCCACCAGACCCGAUACCGCAUCCCCAUGAGAACACCUCUAUCCUUGCUGGGGCGAGGCUCAGAUUCACGUGGCUGGAUGCACUAUUUAGUGGGCCCCUAGCUGCGGAUGCUACUGAUGAGGUGGUGCAGCAACAUGCGCGCUAUCACAUACUCGAUCGGUUGGGGACGAUUUUGUUUAUGGAUAAGUCAGCAGACCGGGUGUCGGUGCUGCCUCUACAGUUCCUAAACCCAAUCAGCAACGCGAAGAGGUACAGUUGGGGUAGUGGGGCAUUAGCCUGGUUGUACAGGCACUUAUGCAAGGCAUCGGAGUCGAAGGCGAAGCAGAUUGGUGGAGCAGUGAUGUUGGUGCAGCUGUGGGCGUAUUCGAGGUUCCCAUUGAUAUGCCCUGUUAUGAGGUUGCCACUACCGCCAGUGGAGGCAGGUCCCCUUGCCAAUCGAUGGAAGGGGCCGAAGAGCACGACAGAGCAUGCGACACAUGUGCUAGUUGCGUAUCGUGCGUCACUGUCGAGUAUACGGGCACACCAGGUUGUCUGGGAGCCCUACAGCGAUGUCCUAGAGUUGUUGCCCCCAUAUUGCACUGCCGGCCGACAAAUAUGGAGGGCCGAUGUGCCAUUGAUCUAUUUUUGGAUAGUAGAGGAUCAUCAUCCGGAACGUGUCUUUCGUCAGUUCGGGAUGAAGCAAGUGCCACCGGAUAUUGUAGAUACGUCCGUUCAUCUCCACAAAAUCUCCCUCCAAGGUAAACUAGAUAAGGAUUGGGUGCAAGAGCAUGCUGUCUACAUUGACCGAUGGGCCCAUAGAGAGGAACAUAUUGCUGAUGCACCGGCAUUGGAUGGGGACACGACAUACCUUGCUGCUUACAUGGAGUCGUACCGAAAGACGACGAGACGGUACAUUACACGCGACUCGGCGUAUUGGGAAAUAAUGGUUGAGUCCACUGUGGAAUUACUAUUGCAAUGCGAACCAAACUCCGCAGUGUACAACCACCUGAAGAGGACGUUGGAUCUUGUCGGAGAGAUGAGCCGAGCGGCAUUGGAGAAUGCGCGUGCCACGGUGACUGAGGCGAGCACACAGGCCACAGGCCGUGGUGGGGGAGGUCGUGGGUCUAGAGGGCGUGGACACAGUGGAGGUCGUGCAUACAGUGGAGGUCGUGGACGUGGUCACGAGGAUGACGAUGUCUUGGAUGAUGAGGCGUUGGAGGGCGACUGGGGCAUGUACAUGGAUGGUGUCGGGUCAUCGCGAUGCACGUCUGACGCUGCUGCCCAGCCAUCCCACCCCCCUGGCCAUGAGAAUAGUGCAGAACACACAUCCUGUGCCCAAGCUGGCCCUCGGUCCCCACCACCCACUCGGCUGUCUCCCCCAUUGUUUGCCGACUCUGCCCACGACGGUGGCUGUAUAUUUGUACCCACCCCUGGCCGACCGACACCACCUGUAGUUCAAGCUGAGCCCACCCAGGACCCUUCACUUCCUAACCCUGACGAACCGGCUGCACAAAUCGAACAGAUACAGGGUGAGAAUAUAGUGCCGGUACAUGGGUUGCGAAGAUCACUUCGCACUGACAUACAUCCCCCUGGUUGUGGGACCGGCGACGGUAAGACAAGACCGGCGAAGUCCCAGUGUUCUGGGCUCGGGCCUGUGGCCUUUGUCUAUGCUUGCACAAUAGUUCAGGGUGAGAUGGAAAGUGAUCAGAUGAUUCGCAGUGACAUGACGAAAAAAGGAAAACAGCCUGACUUAGAUGCCCAAUUUAAUGAAGUGUCUGACCUUCCCGAGCCAAAGAAGGCAAAGACUGAGCUCAAAGUCUACAAGAGGAGGACUUCAGGUGUUUGGCGUGACUUUGAGAUGCUUCCGACAAAAGGUAAAGAACGGCCUUCAUGCAAAUGUAAGCAGUGUGGAAAGAAAUUUAUUGCUGACGGAGCAUUUGUUCAGUAUAAUUUGAAGCGCCAUUCGGAGUUAUGUCGAAAGAAAUUGGAAGUGCCAUUGAGCAUUCCUGUUUCUACAGACCUUGUACAGCCACAAUUGGAAGAGGUCAGUGAAGAUAAAAAGAGCAUGGAGAUCAAUAACGAUGAGCACAAGGAAGACAGCUCUUCUAAUCGAGUCUCUUAG